UCAGGUUCCGCUGCAACUGCACGGUCCCCUCUCCUCCGCCACCCGCCCCCAACGACCUCCCUCCCAGAACACUCGCCUGCUCUCUCGUCUCCUCGCCGGCCGCUGCUGGUAGCCAAGCCAAGGCCUUCCAUCUUGCGGUGCGGGAUGGCGGUGUCGGGCUCCUCUCUGGGCGGGUCCCACGCCGGCCUCGCCCUCGCGGCCACCGCCAUGGCGCUCUCCGGCACGCUCGUCCUCUUCUCCCUCUGCCGCGCCAAGCCCCAGCACCCGGUCGCCUCCGACGACGACGCUUCGCCUCCUCGGCUCCGGCCGUGCCUCUCCUCCAACGAGGAGCGGAAGCGGGCGAAGGCGCGGCGCGGGAGCAAGAAGCGGGUGCGAUUCGCUGACGACGUCGUCGACAAUGGCGCCACUCCCGCCCACGCCCGCGCGGAGGCCGAGCCGUCGUGCGGGAGCGUCGCCGCGGCGGCUGAGCUGAGGACGGCGGCCAUGCCGGCGAACCGGGAGGCGCUGUACCGCGGAAUGCUCCGCGGCCGCUCCAUGCUCAGGGUCGCCUGCUCCUACUAGCGCCAGCUACUCCAACUAGCUCACUUAACCGGUCCAAACCUGCCAUUAAUCUAGACCUCGAGCUGUUCAACCUCUUCUUCUUCUCUUCCCUGUGUUCUUCUUAACUAUGGUCUUGCUGAUUGCCUAAUCGCUUGCUCCCUCGCCCUUUUGGAAGUUUUGUAAUUAGUUGCCAUCCCGGCGAGGGAGCUAGCGAUCCGUGUGUCCAUCGCUGUUGUGCUUGGCUGCUUGUACAUUAUUCCGAUUUCGGGGUGAGCAGCGAACGAUUCUUCGCUGUUCCAAUCUGAAAGUUUCGAUCUUUAUGGUUCGGAAAAAAAUAAGUUUCUAUCUUUCAGUUAUA